UCACCCAGCAGCUUCCGGGUUUGUUCCGCUGUGUCCUAGCUUCAUGUAGUAGCAGUCUCACGCUAGCUGACGGGAACAUGUGAGGUACUAAUCAAAUGUAACUGCGUAAUUUUGAAUUUCUCUAACCGACAGACAUGUAGUGCAGACUACAGAAAAAACGCCGCCGUAUGGUCUUGUUUUUUCCAUACAACAAUAACUCAAAAGUCUUCGCUGUAUUGCCGUUUACACACAGUAACGCUCCGGUUCGCGGCGGCAGAACUACCGCAGAACAGUUGUCUCCUCCGUCCUACUAAAAUAGUACAAGGACCCUCCAGGACCCAAAAUGCCAUCAAGAAACCAUCUUGACAAAAUUGGCAGGAAGAAAAAGAAGAAAUGGACAGAAGAGGCCAUGGAACGUGCACUGAUAGAGGUGAAGUCAGGAAGGUGCACGGUGAGACAGGCUGCCAAGGAGUUUGGAGUCCCUAAAUCUUCGCUGGGGGACAGAGUCAGUGGACGGGUGGCGCCGGGGAGUCGCAGCGGGCCCGCUCAGCUCAUAACAUCUGCUGACGAGGAACUGUUGGUUGAGUUCUCCUUAUACAUGUCCAAGCAUGGAUUCCCACUUACUAAGCAGCAGCUGGUGUCUUUUGCUUCAUCGAUUUAUAAGCGGCAGCACCGCAGGGUGGCAUUUUCCAAACUGGGCCAGACAUGGUGGCUUAAUUUUAGAAAACGGCAAGAAAAGAACAUUACUAUUCAGCCAGCGGACAAUGUGGUUCGUGGCAGGACGGUAUGUGUGAGGAAGGAAGCCGUCGAUCAGUUUUUUCACCUGCUGAGCACUAUUUUAGAUGCUCAUGAGCUGAGAGACAAGCCUCACCAAAUUUACAACUGCAAUGAAACAGGCUUCCAGCUGGGCAGGAAGAGGGUCAUUCACCCCAAAUCUGCCAGUCUGGGCUACAAGCCAGCGCCAGGAUUAAGGGACCACAUCUCUGUCCUGGCUUGCUUUAGCGCAGCUGGACAGGACAUUCCCCCGUUUGUCAUCUACUCAAAAGCCUAUCCUGGGGGAGUAUGUUACAAGACGCAAGGGCCGCCGCAUGCCCUCUAUGGGUGGACUGACUCGGGGUGCAUCAACUCAGACCUCUUCAAGAAAUGGUUCCUCAAACAUUUCCUCGUGCACACACCAAAGGAGCGUCCGCUGCUGCUGAUAUUUGAUGGACACAAGUCGCCCGUGAGCCUGGAGGUUGUGGAAUCGGCCCGUAAGGAGGGCAUCAUCCUUCUGUGCCUCCCUCCUCAUUGCUCUCACAUCCUGCAGCCGCUCGACGCCGGUCUCUUUGUUGUCCUGAAGCAGCGUUUUGCGUCACUCAUAGGCGACGGCUGCACCACUGACACGCACUUCGCAGUCAGCAAGAAGGAGUUCUCGGGUGUUUUUAAAGGGACUUACCAGGUAGCAAAGGAAGAGGAAGGUGUACGAAUUGUCAAGGAAGGCUUUAGGAAAUGUGGCAUCUAUCCGCUAAACCCCUUUGCUAUCAGUGAGGGGCAUUUAGCGCCGUCACACAGCGUUAGCCCCGCAUCUGGACCCUCAUCCACAACAGCACAGGGGGUGCACAGUGUAGGAGACCUCGCAGACGCUGGACCCUCCUCCUAACCCAUUACUUAGCGACUGCAAAAUUCAACAAACCCUAAAUAAGCUCGGGCCAGUUCUGUCAUUUGAGACACUCAACACAUUUCCGCAGGUUUCAGCACAACCCCCUCCAGCCUCCCUGCAGAGUUUGUCAGCUCGCCAGAGCAAAGUGGUGUGUUGAUGUUAAUUACUCGUAUUGUCAGAUUUUGGAAAUUGAAAAAUAAUGUUUGUGUGCUGCACAACAGCGGUUACCGCCUGGUGGAGUUCCCAGGAUAAAUGUAAAAGAGUGGCAGGACUUUUAAAGGAACGGGGGGAAAAAUACAAGUUUUCUAUUACACAAAAUUAUGUCUAAGUAUUCUCACUUAGUCUGUGAUUUUUGUGAGUUAUUGAAUGUAAGUCAAAAAAAAAGACACAAGUAGAUGUUAUUACACUUAGGAACCCAGGGAUCACAGGCGAAAGUGCACAACAAAUUUAAGUUAAACACUGUUUUCUUCUUGUUUGAUACUUCAGGGCCCUCAGGUAGCUAAGCUAACAACCAUCAACCAUGUGCUUAAUUUCAGUUUUGUGGAAUCAAUUGAAAAUAUACAACUGUACACUGAGACCUGUCUCUGUAGCUCUGUGUUGAUCAAACUGGUGCUUCACUCCCAUAUAAAUGCAGCUAAUAUGUUUAAGUGAUCUAACAAAUCCACCUAAUUAUUCUAAACACCCUGACCCAGAUUUUAAGGUUUGGCCACAUGUUCUGGUGUUAAUUGUCUACGGACGUACAUAAUUACAGGCUCAAUUGUGUGUUGCCCGUGCUGAAGAUUUGCCAAAAAGCUGUAAUCAUAAGUAAUUUCCUCCUAUAUGGUGUUGAAGAGAAAUGAUAACAUGUCUCAUUUCUUUUGUAAAUCUGUUAUUCCUUUACUCAAGUAUUCUGAAUGUUCUUGGUCUUUAGGGAACUAUAAAAGGAAUAUUUUGUCUUAAUUAUCGUUUGAGAAAAGUUGGGCCUUUUUAUAAAUUUGGUAGGAGCGUGUGUAGAAAUAAUUUUGUCAAGUUAUGGUUUCUCUUGACGCAAAAGCAUGGAAAUAUCUCAGGGAGAAAAUCCAGAAGAAUAAAGAUCUUCACUCACAAA